GGAGGGUUUGGUUGGAAAGUGCUGAUGUGUGAAAGAUCAUUUGCUCUGAGAGAAGAGGAGAGAGAGAAGUCCUCCUCAUCACCAGAGGGCAAUACCAGAGAAAAGCCACAGAUAGACAUUCUUUCUGGUGGAAGCUGUGAUCUUUGCUGUGGGAGUUGUGUGUGUGUGUGUGUGUGUGUGAGAGAGAGAGAGAGAGAGACAGAAAGAAUGAAAGAAAAGCUGAGGAUCUGUCAUCUUUACCAUUAGAGGCAUCGUUUGGAUCAGAAGCAGUUCAGAGAAAGGGGACCUGAGAACCACUGGUGGUGCUGAGAUCAUGGGAGUUACAUGCGUUUCCCAGAUCCCAGCUGUUGAAGGCAAAAGCGUGCAGCAGACAGUGGAGAUGAUCACAAAGAAGCUGGAAAUCCUGGGCGCUGUUAAACAGGGGACCUUCUGUGUAGACUGUGAGACUUACCACGCUGCGCCCAUUGUCAAUAACUCAGGGCAACAGGGCAAGUUGAUGUACGUGAUGCACAACACAGAGUACCCUGCCAGCUGCUUCGCCCUCUUCGAGAACGGACCCUGCCUGGUGGCGGACACCAACUUCGACACGCUGAUGAUCAAACUCAAGGGAUUUUUCCAGAACGCCAAGAGCAACAAGAUUGAGAGCCGAGGCCAGCGAUACCAAUUCAGCGAUUUCCUGGUGAAGGUUGGGACGGUGACAAUGGGACCCAGCGCACGUGGCAUAUCCGUUGAGGUAGAAUACUGCCCUUCCAUUGUGUCCAAUGACUGCUGGAACCUGAUGAUGGAGUUCAUGCAGAGCUUCAUGGGCAGUCACACGCCCGGCAUUCCCUCGGUCUUCACAGCCAAACACGACGGGAUCUACACGCCCACAGACACCGUCAUUCAGUACAUGGAGCUGUUCAACAAGAUCCGCAAACAGCAGCAGGCUCCGGUGUCGGGAAUGAGAUGAGGUCUGGAAAAUCCCAGACCUUGAAACCUGCACCGAGGUGGAAAUGGUGGCCUUUGUAUGUUUAAGUCAACCUAAUGUGAAGUGUUUCUUAUGACGUUGCCUGGCAAUGGACACCCAGGACUAUUUAUUGAACUCCCACAUUUUUAUGGGGAUCUUCUUAGGUGAGAUAAACAUUGCUCUGGGAUUGCUCAAUAUUCCCAUCGCAAGGAUAGGUCAACUGGAGUCAUUUGCCUCUCGGUGGGGUGGGGGGUUAAUGUUCCCCAAAGGUUAGUUUGUUGGAUGCCAACCACAGGGACUAAUCUGCUACGUAAGGAAGGAAGUGUGUUUGUGUGUAUGUGGGGGGGGGAGGGGUCGGGAGGGAAUUGGAGCCUAAAUGAAAAUAAACCAAAUCUGUAGUUAUUCCUCAAUUCAACAGUAAAUGGAUCAAUAAUCUGUUAAUCUGUGGGUUUUUUUGUGUAACCUUAAAAAAAGUAGGUACUUUUUUUUUAUUUGACGAACUGAACCUUUUUUUUCUCACACGUGAGGACGACGUUGAUCUUAAACAAUAAGUUCACGUCACCCCGACUCGAGAACACAUCAUUGUGACUUGAGGAUUUUGUGCUUUUUCCCCUCCCCACCCUCAACCCACUCCCCAAGUUUCCUUUUCACUCACAAGAGUGCCUUGUGGCAGAGUGCCGGACAUCUGCUUUCCCCUGUUGAAUCAUUCAGUUCAAGAAGCAAGCCAUCUCAUACCACAUGAUUUUGAUGCUCGGUGAUUAAGGGAGAAUUAGUAAUUUUAUGAUACAUUAGCCUUUCUCUGUACUGUUUCACUCUCCUUAACCGCUCAUUAAUACGCGUGGGUUAAUAAAACGCCUUUCUUUUUUGA